AUGAAUCACUCAGCCAUAGUUAAUGGUGAAAGGAGGACCCCUUCGGUCAUUUUAAUGGACUUCUUUAAUAUGAUUCCGUUCACAGAUCGGACCAGCGUUUCUUCAACUUUGACCGAAAUCCGCAACAGCCUGGAUGAUGUAAUUCCAAAUACUAAUCCUAUAGCACCAUUUAUUAGCAAAAUCAGGCAGUUACACUUACGACAGUCACCUUUCAUAUUGAAACGCUUGAGAAGUUGCUUGGCAAGUGGUCUAAAACCAAAUGACACUGAUGUCUGCUUAUAUGAGAAAAUUUAUACCUUACUACUGCAACUGUGGUUUCAAGCUGCUAUGGAUCGUACGUUACUUAAGAAUUUUCCACAAUCAUACAUAUGGUUGUGUGGUUUCACUUGCCCGAUGUAUGAGGUAAUGAGUAUGACUGGAUUCUAUGAUGCUGUUAUAUGGACUGGGCGUUUUCUGACUGCUUAUGAGAAUAUGUUUAGGUCAUCAAUUUUUAACUCACCGCACUGGUACCUACAAAUGAUUACGGAUGCAGUGAUUGCUAUAAUAGACCGAUCAGGAAAAGGUAGUCAACAGGAUAUAUCAUCUGAUCAACUAGAUGAAUUGCUUUGUAGUUGUAUGGCUGCAAUUGUCAGACCAUUUCAUGCUCUCAGAAUUGAAGAUCACGAAGUUUAUGCUGAAAUGUCUCGAGCGAUUAAAGUCCCUUUAGAAUCAAUUGUAUCACAUCUUUCAAGUUGUUUAGUUAUAAAAGAUAGUUCAAGUACAAAUAUCAAAGAAAAGAAAAGAAAAACGACAGAACCAACAAGUACAACAACUAUAAAUUUUAGACUAAAGGAUUUUAUAGUUCAUCAUCUUAUAUUUCCAAUGAUCAGAGCAUGUGACAAAUGGGCAAUGGGACAAGCAAAGUUGGGAAUAAAACCACAUUGUGCAAAAACUCUUCUUAAUCAACUUAUUAUUGACGCCAAAAUUCAAAAUGAAAAGUUUGAAGGCCCUCCUCAAAUGGCACAAAAGUUGGAUAUCGUUAGACCACCUGCUGUAGGUGGCUUGCAUGUAGCGGAAAAACUUUCGUUAAAACGAAAACGAUAA